AUGGGGAAUAUUCUCCAGAUAACUAUAAUAUUACAGCUCCUACGGGCAAUAACAACUUUACUUGUCCUGAAUGUGGUAAAUGCUUUAGAUAUCAGUCACGCUUUGUUAGACAUCAAAGAAGUCACACGAUGGGAAAAGCUAUUUUCCUGUAAUGACUGCGGGAAAUGUUUUGUAUAUAAAUCAACCCUUGUCAGACAUCAGAGAACUCACUCAGGUCAGAGGUCAUUUCCCUGCUCUGAGUGUGACAAAUGUUUUGGACAGAAAACAGAACUGGCUGGACACCACCGAAUUCACACGGGUGAGAAGAUGUUUCAAUGCUCUGAGUGCAGGAAAUGUUUUACAUGCCCAUCGAGUCUUCUUAUACACCAAAGAACUCACACUGGAGAAAAACCAUUUCCAUGCUCUGAGUGCGGGAAAUGCUUCACGGAUAAACCAAAUCUUGUUCAGCAUCUGAAAAUUCACACAGAUGAGAGGCCAUUUCUCUAA